CUAAGUAAAAGAACAGCUGUUUUGUCACAUUAGAAUUUAAUUGCAAUUGGAAUAUUUAUUAGUUUGAAAAUUUGGUUACAAAAAGGCGAUAAACAAGCUUAUUUACAAGCUCCACAGUGUCUAACUACAAGACUGCAAGCAGACAAACUGUAAGAGAACACCGGCAACAUGAAUUUCCUGCGGCAAACUUUCGGCAUUACGAAACAGUUGACAUCCCGGGCCAUCCAGAGCAGCUUUGAGACCGCUGUCCGCGGAAUGGCCUCGUUGCAGCAGAUGCAUCGCAGUGGACCGCACGUUAAGACGCGACCACCUCGCCAGCCUCUCGAUGGUAAACCCUUUGCCAAGGGCGUUGUUCUGAAGACACUGAUCAAAAAGCCCAAGAAGCCCAACUCUGCCAACCGCAAGUGCGUCUUGGUCCGGCUCUCUACUGGCAAGGAGAUGGUUGCCUACAUCCCCGGCAUUGGGCAUAACCUACAGGAGCACAACAUAGUCCUUUGCCGCGUGGGUCGUCUGCAGGAUGUUCCCGGAGUCAAGCUGAAGGCUGUGCGCGGAGUUUACGACCUGGCGCACGUCAUCAAGAAGGGCCAAUAGUCAUAUAUCGCUUCAUAUACACAUUGUUCAAAUGCAUAACUCAACAAUCAAAAAACGGCUGUUUCUUUACGGAUUUGUGCAGGUUUGAAUGCAGAUUGACCAGGAAUUAGAAAACGGAUGCGUUGAGGCGACCAAGUCGAUGUGGAUGGUGAUGUCUAGGACUUUGAGCGGAGCUCUUAUGCGAACCGUUAUAACCAAUGGAAUCAGCUAAAAGGACCCCGCUUUCUCAUCAAGGAAGGACCUUUGUUACGCAGAUCGAUAGAUUUAUGUUUGUAAAAUAAUGUAUACUAAAAUGUGAAAACUUCAAUAAUAUUAAAAUAAUAUAAUCCGGA